CUUGUGAGAACAUUUUUAAAUUUCAUUUCAUUUUCAUUUUCCAUCUUUUUUUUCUCAUCGAUUAUUUUGUAUUUUAAAAUGGCUACCGAUGUAAAAAUGGAAGAAGUGCAAGAUGAUCUACCCGAAGAGAUUAAUCGUUGGUCCAAAGAUGAAAUUACAAGCCGUACAAGAUUAUUGGACAAUGAAAUAAAAAUAAUGAAAAGUGAAUUGAUGCGUGUAAAUCAUGAGCUAAAUUCACAAAAGGAAAAAAUUCGUGAAAAUACUGAAAAAAUUAAAGUGAAUAAAACCUUGCCAUAUUUGGUAUCGAAUGUUAUCGAAUUAUUAGAUAUUGAUCCACAAGAUUUAGGCGAAGAAGAUGGUGCAAAUGUUGAUCUGGAUGCACAACGUAAAGGUAAAUCGGCUGUUAUUAAAACAUCAACACGACAAACCUAUUUCUUACCGGUAAUUGGUCUUGUCGAUCCGGAAAAACUUAAACCAGGCGAUCUAGUUGGUGUGAAUAAAGAUUCAUAUCUAAUUCUGGAAACAUUACCAGCUGAAUAUGAUUCACGUGUAAAGGCAAUGGAAGUGGAUGAACGUCCCACAGAACAAUAUAAUGAUAUUGGUGGUCUAGAGAAACAGAUUACCGAACUGAUUGAAGCUGUUGUAUUGCCAAUGACACAGAAAGAAAAAUUUGAAAAAUUAGGAAUAGCACCACCAAAAGGUGUAUUAUUAUAUGGUCCACCAGGUACAGGAAAAACAUUGUUGGCUCGUGCAUGUGCUGCACAAACAAAAUCAACAUUUUUAAAAUUGGCCGGUCCACAACUUGUACAGAUGUUUAUUGGUGAUGGAGCCAAAUUAGUACGUGAUGCAUUUGCAUUGGCCAAAGAAAAAGCACCGGCAAUUAUAUUCAUCGAUGAAUUGGAUGCAAUUGGUACGAAACGUUUUGAUAGUGAAAAAGCCGGUGAUCGUGAAGUACAACGUACAAUGUUGGAAUUAUUAAAUCAAUUGGAUGGAUUCAGUUCAAGCACUGAUAUUAAAGUUAUUGCCGCUACAAAUCGUGUGGAUAUAUUGGAUCCAGCAUUACUACGAUCCGGACGUUUGGAUCGUAAAAUUGAAUUCCCCACUCCAAAUGAACAGGCACGUGCACGUAUAUUGGAAAUUCAUUCACGUCGUAUGAAUGUUGAUUCUGGUGUAAAUUUUGAUGAAUUAUCUCGUUGUACUGAUGAUUUUAACGGUGCACAAUGUAAAGCUGUAUGCGUGGAAGCCGGUAUGAUUGCAUUACGUCGUAAUGCUACGAUUAUAAAUCAUGAAGAUUUUAUGGAUGCUAUCAACGAGGUGGCCGCUAAGAAAAAAGCUAAUCUUAAUUAUUAUGCUUAAUACAUUGAUGGAGUUUGUAAAUUUCAUUUUUAAUUUUUAU